AUGAUACCUUAUAAAUCAUUAUACGGAUUUCCAGACAAAUGCUCCAAAAUAAUUGAAUAUAAAGAAGUCACUGAAAAUGAACUACGAGAAAAGUAUCGAAACUGUCAAAUGAAUUUCCUGGAAAAAUGGCAGAUUACUAUGAAUCAAUAUUACACCGAAAGCUUGAAUUUUUGCUGUUUUGUAUAUGAAGUUUUGGAAUGUGAAAGCAAAGUAUUGUCCGAAUGCGAUUUGGAUUAUUCCGAUCGGAAUGAAAGAGAGACAAGACGAUUAUUUGAUAAAUCAUGCCAACCGAUCUUAGCAAAAAAUUCUUGUGGCAAUAGUAACAAAAAUGAAACUAAUUGGUUCCAGAUAGUAGGCAUAGUUAUAGCGAUUGCUGCAUCGGUGGUGUCAUGUAUACUUGGAAUUCGUUAUAUAUACAAUCGUUUCAAGAAAAGUCCUGAAUUAAAAUUACAAAUGGAAGCAAAGAAUGCUUACAAGAAGGACAAAUUCGAGCAACUUUUAAAAUUAGAAUUAGCUCGCACAACAUAUGAUGAAGAAGUAGAUAAACGCGACAGUCAAUGGAUAGAAAAAAUGACUGAAAUUAUUAUAGAAAAAGAAAGAUCAAAAAUUUCUGGAUUAGUUAAAAAGUUGGGUGCGUUAGUAGGUAUUGGGGGAAAUAAAAGUGAGCCUAAGAAAGAGAAUGGAGCAGUAGCCUAUUUAAAAAAGCAAGUCGCUAACCUAUUUGGAAGGAAUCCGGAAAAACAAAAGAUGAAAAAGUUGAAAGAAAAAAUCUGGUCAAAAAUCAAUGAAGAUUCGAAACAAGAAGAAUUCUGGAAAGAUUUCAAUAAAUACUCAGAAUCAUAUAACCAAUCCAAUCUGACAGAAAAUAAAAAGAUGAAACUAGAUGAGGAAAAUAUAAAAAAAAUAGAAGAAUUGGCCCGAUCAGAAGCGGAUUUACAGUAUGACGAUAUCGAAAAAGAUAAUUUUUUACGAAUAACUGAUCGGAAAUUUUACAAAAAAAUAAAAAAUAAGCCUUUUGCAGAAAGGGAAUUGAAAAGAAUGAUAGAGGCUCGACAAAUUCACGACGAAAAAGCGGAUCCAUUUGUCGCAAAAAUAAUCGAAUCACUAAAUCAAGAACAAGUAAAUAUUCAUCAUGAAAUGCUGCGAAGUAAAAACUUUGCACAAAUCGAAAAAAUGGAUCAACUAAAUGAUUGGACGAAACGAUUGAAACAAACCAGAACAAAAAUCCGAAGCAAUCGUCCAGAGUAUUUUGCUAUGACACCUGUAUCAGUUGACAAUGAAAUUCCCAUGAUCGCUGAUAUAGAAGGGACAGUAAAAAUUCCACCAAACGAGUCGCAACAAGUCAAAAAAAAAGGAUUGUUUAAUUGGCUUCCUUUUAGAAAUUCAUCGAAUUUGGAUAAUAAUGUACAGGAGAAAUUCGAAACAAAAACAGCUGAUCAUGAGAUAGAAGGGACAGGAAAAAUUCCACCAAACGAUUCGCAACAAGACAAAAUGCAACAUGAAUUCUCACCAAUUGAGGAAGAAGUAAUAAGUGUACAAAAAUAUUUUCGGGAUGUAAUGGAACAAAAAGAUCAAAACUUAAAUGGACUAUUGGAACCAUCAAAAGUUUUGUAUGAUCUAAAUGAUGAACAAUUAAUUAAUUUAACUCAACUUCCACCUGAACCGCUUAGACGAAAAGAAAUAAUUUUGUACAAAUCAGUAAAUGGAAUUCCAAUAUUCUCGGAAAUAGCAAAGAACUCAUACAAAAACGAUUUUAAAUAUCCAUACUAUGGUCUUAUUGCUGAAGAAGCAGCUCUUACUAAACAAUGGGACAUUAUACAAGCACAAUUCAAUGAAAAACGUGAAGAAUUAAAGCCGAAACGAACGAAACAAAAUCUUUUUGGAAUGAGAAAUAAAAAAAUGAUGACUGAAUCCGAAAAACAAAGAAAAUUAAAAAAAUAUGAAAAAGAAUUUAAAUCUCAAUUUGAAAACAAAGCAAAAAGCACUGGCUAA